UCUGGUCUUUCAUUUCGUACAUAACCUGUUAACGGUUACUGGUUGUCAACACGUGUUUGGUAAUAUUUUGUUGGAAAUUAUUUUGAAAUACAAAUGGAUUCGUCUGAUUCUGAAAGUGAGCAUGAAGCUACAACCGUAACCGAAAAAAAUGGUUGUGAAAUAAGUAACGUAAACGACGAGGAAAACGAUGAUGUGAAACCAGCGACAUGGCAGGAAUUGGGUUUGGUUGAUGUUUUGUGCAAGGCCUGUGAGCAAUUGAAAUGGAAAGAACCUUCGAAAAUUCAAAGAGAAGCUAUUCCGUUAGCUUUACAAGGAAAAGAUAUAAUUGGACUUGCAGAAACGGGGUCUGGUAAAACGGCCGCCUUUGCCCUUCCUAUCCUCCAGGCUCUGCUGGAAAAUCCUCAAAGAUUCUUUGCACUCAUUCUCACACCCACCAGAGAAUUGGCAAUACAAAUAUCUGAACAAUUUGAGGCAUUGGGUGGUAGUAUUGGAGUGAAAUGUGCUGUGAUUGUGGGAGGAAUGGAUAUGUCCUCUCAAGGUUUACUUCUAACACGAAAACCUCAUAUUAUAAUAGCUACACCUGGUCGCUUGUUGGAUCACUUGACUAACACUAAAGGAUUUAGUUUGAGGGCUCUUAAAUAUUUGGUUAUGGAUGAAGCUGACCGAAUAUUGAACAUGGACUUUGAAGUUGAGGUAGAUAAGAUCCUAAAAGUUAUUCCAAGAGAAAGAAGGACAUAUUUAUUUUCGGCUACAAUGACUAAGAAAGUGAAAAAGCUCCAAAGGGCUUGUCUGAUGGAUCCUGUGAAAGUUGAAGUAUCAACAAAAUACCAAACUGUUGAAAAACUGUUACAGUAUUAUAUAUUCAUCCCAAUGAAAUAUAAGGACGUUUACUUGGUCCAUAUUUUGAACGAGAUGGCCGGGAAUAGCUUCAUGAUAUUUUGUUCUACUUGCAAUAAUACACUCAGAACAGCGUUGAUGUUGAGGAGUUUAGGCUUUGGAGUUGUGCCCCUACACGGUAAAAUGUCUCAAAAUAAAAGGAUAGCCUCACUUACCAAGUUCAAAGCCAAAAAUAGAUCUCUCUUGAUUUCUACUGAUGUAGCUAGCAGGGGUUUAGACAUUCCACAUGUUGAUGUAGUAAUAAAUUUCGACAUUCCCACUCACAGUAAAGAUUAUAUACAUCGUGUUGGAAGGACUGCGCGGGCUGGAAGAUCAGGAAAAGCUAUCACAUUUGUAACUCAGUACGAUGUUGAAUUGUACCAAAGGAUUGAACAUCUUAUCGGAAAACAACUACCAUUAUACAAGACUGAAGAAGAUGAAGUUAUGGUACUUCAGGAGAGGGUGGCUGAAGCACAAAGAAUGGCUAAAAUGGAAAUGAAAGAUAUCGAAGAAAAGAAAGGGACAGGUAAACGAAAGAGGGGUGGUGCUGAAGGUGAUGAUGAUGAUACGGAAGGUGCAGUGGGCGUUAGAAAAAGAUUGAAUAAGGGAGGGGGUAACAAGAAUCAUCAUAAAAAGAAUAGGAAUAAGAAACAUUGAAGUUCUGUUAUAUUUUGAUAUUUAUUUUCAAUAAAAGUGUAAAUAAUUGGUAA